CGACUUCAUAUUUGGCUAAACAUAUCUCCGUCGCCACGCCCAAUUAUUUGCUAGUAGUUGUCUGAUGAUGACUAUUAAUAUCAUCCCAUCAACACCAUUCCCCUGACACACCGGACAAGAAUUGACAAGACUGCUUGCUUCCCUUCUGCCGAACUGACUGGCUGGAUAAACAUUUGGAAAUCACCUGAAGCCCGAGCUACGUAUGCCAUGGACGCCCGUCGCGACUAACGCUCGACUAGUUUUUAGGCUCCAGUUCUGCAGCCACUCAUCUGUUGCGCCGGUCACUUUAGCUCACGGCGCUACCGGGGAUGAAUCGAUAACAAAGAGGAGAAAUCAGACCUGCGAGGGCCCCAAGAGGGGACUCACUCACACCGAAUAUCCCGGAUCAACCAGCCGCCAGCAUUCUCUCAUGCCAUUCCAUUCAGGUAAAAAAAAAGAGGGGAAAUUCUGAAAAAUAGUAGAAGAGAAAAAAAAAAUUGGAGAAUUGUUG